AAGCCAUUAGCAAUAUAUAUAUAUAUAACUCACUCUAUGGUUUGAUUUGAGCCUUGUGGCUCUUAACUUAAUAAUUAGUAAUUGCUUGCAGAAUUCUGUACGUAGUAUUGAUAUUUAGUAUAUAUUGGUCUGUAUAACUUGUGCCUUGUGGUACUGUGCAGUUCUUCACUAAACGUAUAACGUAUUGCAGAUAUUUUUUUCGAACUUGGUACAGUGGCUGUUAUCUUCAUCUUGUAUGACUGUCUAAGAUAUUAGACAUUACAUUUAUAAAUCACAAUGUAAAAUUUAGAUUUGAAAAAUUUGUCAGUAAUUAGAAAUGUGUUCUACAAGUGCCGUCUAGAUCCAAUAUUUAUGUAUAUAUAAUAGGAGUAGGUAGUGAAAGUGUAAUAUUUUCGGCUUAUAAUAACUCGUCUAUUUUUAAUUUCUUCCGGAUUAAUAAUUUAAUAUGGCAGAAGCCCAUUCAGCUGUAGCAUUUUCUUUUGCCAUUACCCAUGAUGGUUGGGAUGUUAACUUUGAUCGUGAAGUUCUCUAUCUAGUAUGGGAAUCUGGCUUACGCUCCUGGAAGAAACGAUUAGCUCGCUUCAGAAACAGCAUUCACAAUGGUGUUUAUCCAGGACACCUACAGUCAUUAUAUGUGCUGUGGACACUGCUUGUGGCUGCACACUUUGGUGGAUUUAAUAUUCCAUUUGAUCUAGUACAAAAAGCUUCCUCAGUCUUACCAGGGGAUUCUACAAUGUGGCAAGUAAUUGCUUGUCUAUUGGCAGCUCUAACAAUGUGGCUCACAGUUAUCUUUAUGAUGAGGUACAUCCUAAAGCUGCUUUUAAUGUACAAGGGAUGGAUGUACGAAUCCCGUGCCCCUGGCUCCAAAAUAUCUGUUAAGACCAUGAUAUGGGUGAGCGUAGUUAAAGUGCUGUCUGGUUGGAAUAAGCCACGCCUUUAUAGUUUUCAAGGAUCUCUUCCACGACUGCCUUUACCUUCGGUUCAAGAUACAAUGAAUAGGUAUCUACUGAGUGUACGGCCACUUCUCGACGAUGAAAACUAUAAAAGAGUGGAGCUUCUUUCAAAGGAUUUCGAAGAAACAAUUGCUGUUAAACUUCAGAGAUAUUUAGUACUGAAGUCCUGGUGGUCCAGCAACUAUGUGUCUGACUGGUGGGAGGAGUAUGUUUACCUACGAGGUCGCUCACCUCUCAUGGUCAACUCAAACUUCUAUGGAACUGAUACAUUAAUGCGUCCCACAUCCAUUCAGGCGGCAAGGGCUGGAACAAUUAUUCACUUCGUUCUUAAGUUUCGCAGGCUUAUUGAGAGACAAGAAUUGGAACCGAUAAUGCUCCAAAACAUGGUGCCAUUAUGUUCCUGGCAAUACGAAAGACUAUUUAACACAGUACGUGUCCCAGGGAUAGAGACGGAUAAAUUGGUUCACUAUCAGGACUCCGCGCAUAUCACCAUUUACCACAAAGGGAAAUACUUCAAAGUUGUCGUCUACUCAAGGGGUAGAUUGCUCAAUCCAGCAGAAAUUCAAAUUCAAAUCCAACAUAUAUUAGAGGAUAAAACGGAGCCAUGUAUCGGUGAAGAGCAAGUAGCAGCCUUAACUGCUGGUGAGCGUUCCCACUGGGCUCAUGUCCGACAGACACACUUCAAUCGUGGCCAUAAUAGGACCUCUCUGCAUUGUAUUGAACGAGCUGCUUUUAAUGUUUGCUUAGAUGACAAGGAAUAUGGAUUCAACGAAAACGAUCCGUCAACAUUGGAUGACUAUGGCCACACUUUACUACACGGAAAAGGCCACGACCGUUGGUUCGACAAGUCCUUCAAUCUUUGCUUCAGUACUAGUGGAGCGGUUGGUUUCAAUACUGAGCAUACUUGGGCUGAUGCGCCGGUCAUGGGUCACCUUUGGGAGUACGUUAUUCUAACCGAGCUCACAUACGGAUAUUUACAAGACGGUAACGCACGUGGUACAGUCGAGGCACCACCGCCUACCCCUGCACGCUUACAAUGGGAUCUUAAUAAUGAAGAAUUGCUACAAAACAUAGAUUUAUCGUACAACGUAGCGCAGAAGUUACUCAAUGAUGUGGACCUAAAGAUACUACACUUCACUAAAUACGGAAAAGGUUUCAUGAAAGGCCUCCGUGUGUCCCCGGACGCCUUCAUACAAAUGGUGCUGCAAUUGGCCUAUUACCGUGACGCCGGCCAUUUUUGUUUGACAUACGAGGCCUCCAUGACUCGCUUGUUUCGUGAGGGUCGCACUGAAACGGUCAGAUCAUGUACCAUUGAGAGCUGCAAAUGGGUGAAAUCAAUGGAAGAUCCCAAGGCUUCGGUCACAGAACGGCUGGAGUUGUUCUUGGCAGCGAGUGAGAGGCACAAAAUUGGAUGUCAGGAUGCAAUGACAGGCCACGGCAUCGACCGUCAUUUGUUCUGUCUCUAUGUCGUCUCGAAGUACUUGGAGUUGGACUCGCCGUUCCUGCAAGAAGUCUUUAAUGAGCCGUGGAGGUUGUCCACCAGUCAGACACCUUAUGGUCAAACAAGCCUUUUAGACCUAAAGAAGUACCCCAAGUGUGUAGGCGCAGGUGGUGGUUUCGGCCCAGUAGCUGAUGACGGAUAUGGUGUAUCCUACAUCAUUGUAGGCGAAGACAUGCUUUUCUUCCACGUGUCAAGCAAAAAAAGCUGCCCUGUUACGAGCUCCAGCAACUUCGUGAAGCAAAUCGAGAGAUCUCUCGUCGAUGUCCAAGAAUUGUUCUACGAGUACCAGAAAAUAAAAAAUGUUAAAUAAAUUGUUCUAAAAUAGUAUUUAACGAUACGGAAAUUUAACACAAAACUCCUAGUUUAUAUCAGCUUUUUACUAAUAAUAUGCUCAACAUAUCAAUGCAAAUUUGCUUUAAGGUGACAUUGUUUUAGAUUGUGUGUGUACGUCACACAUAUAAUUACUUGGAAUUGUAUAAAAUAUAUUUUUUGUUACACGGAUACAAGUGCUACGGAAAGAUUUUUACACACAGAUUAUUAAAGAAUUAAAAAAGACGAAUAUACGAAUUCAUAUGGUCCACGUUCUAAGAAUAUUCUGGACUGGAGUUAAGCAUUUAUGAUUUUGGGUUUAUUAGGGAUGUCCCAUACAAUUUAGAUCAAUUUUAUAUUUUUAGUAGAAAAUGCGUAUCGAGACCGUCCGAUUAAUUUUGCAUAAUAAUUUAUUUGUCAUGUUUUUUUUAUGAAUUUGUAAUGGUUCUAUGUUACUUUGCUGUGACGCAAAAAAUAAUUAUCAAUUGUUUUAUUAUUAUAAGUAAACACCCCCGUGGCUUAUAUAGCAUACAGAUUAGAUCCCAAGGAAACAUGAAUUGUUACGGUGCUACGGUUGGAAUCACUGAAGGUCCCAUUAAGAGACGGGACUUAAAUGUUAUUAAUCAAUGUGUGUAAUAUCAAUAUAAUAAUAAGCUUAAAAGAAGUCAGCUGUCUUUUUCAAUUACAGAGUAAACAAAAAAAUUGACAGGCCGACAAAAAUAGUAGAGGAAUAUUGUUUAUAUGAAUAAGAGCGAUACAUUUAUGAAUUUGUAAUGGUUCUAUGUAACGUUAGUAGUCGUAAAAUAUUUUCGGAUCAAUUUUUGUUCUGUAUUUGUAACGGUUUAUAAAAACAGGGUACCGUAUAUUUAUCGAGAUGUACACUUAUUUGAAAAUACAUAGACAAUUUCCGUCAUCCAUGUAAAAAAAUAACGGCGUUAUUCAUAAAAUAUUAUGCAUUUCAGAAUAUAAAACGUAGGCCGGAACGUUGCGUUUUGUGAUAGCCAAAUGUGCAUAAUAUGACAUAUGAUCUUAUGUCAUAGAUAUUGUUGACACAAUAGAACGGAGUCUUACUUAGGGCUUAGUUUUACAGCGUUCCAUAAAAAUUUAAUUAGCAUGUCUGACUUUUGUUUUGCCGUUAAAUGGUUUUACUUAGACGAAAUUAGUUAUAAUGAGUUUUAUGCAUAAUUUUUUUUGCUUAUAAUAAGCCUUGAAAUGAAGAUAACUAUUUUAUGAAUAAACCUGUAGGAAUGUAUAAAAAUGUUAACACAAUUACAAGUUUAUUUUAUGGUGUAAGGUUAAGUAAAUGGUAAAGGUUUUAAAAAUUAUACUUAAGCAAUUCAUUUUGAUUAUAUAUAAAUUUUAUAAAAGAUAUACUCAGUAGAACCUACUAUAAUAAUCUGGGAAAUAGUGAACAAAAUUUUUGAUAAAAUAUUUUAUGGUACAAAUUUUUAGAACAAUUGUAUUUAAAAAUAUUAAAUAUUUUUAUAAAUAAAACGAGUUUUCCUCAAUUCUACUUAUAUUAGUGGGUUUAAUUUGAUUUAAUUAAGUAAUCAAUUUUUGUAAUAAUUAUUGUA